AUGUCGGGCUUGCCGGAAGCCGCAGCUGGGCAGGUCACCAAGGCCCUGCUGACCCGGGCCAGGGACGGAGUGCAGAAGGACUCGCAGGCCGGCCUGAAGCGCGUGGAUCCCGCGCAGGGCGACGAAGCGUGCUUGGUGCUGACGCUUUUGGACGACCAGAUACCUGCAAGCAGCAGUAUUUGUGCGGCCUUUGUCCGCUUGAAGGUGGCCUUGCCCAUGAACUUCGCGGCAAACACCCCUGUGAGAUUCUUGAUUGUGCUGGCGUGCCACAGUGACCGGGAGAAUGACCUGACGGAGCUCAGCGAGAGCUUAGCGGCCCUUGCAGUCGACGAGGACUUGAUCCUCAAGAUGGCCCGGGCAAAGGACGCCGCCGCCUUCGUGGCGGCCUUCGAUAGCAGGCUGGGGGAGAUCGUGCUGUUGCCCCACGCACACGUGCACUCUCGGCGGAACUUCGAAGAUGACGUCCUGCUCUCUCCGAAGGGCGCGGUGCCGCAGUCACCGAAGUCGGUGCGGAUGAAGCGACGGCCCUCCAUGGACGAGGCUGGAAACGUCAUCACCAGUGUAAAGAGCGAUGUGGGCUUCGACCACAUGCACAAGCACGGUCCGGGCGACGACACAGAAGAGCUGCCGUCGCUGCAAAAGCACGUCUGGCGGGCCGUCGGUGUGCUGCAGAAGUAUGCGCUGCCGCUCGUCACUGGCGUGAUCGUUGCCAUGGUCUGGAAGAACACGGCCGAGGACUCGUACUGGACGGUGACGCAUGAUCCAAUCAUCCCGGGAUGGCAAAUUCUCGGUCACGACGCGAGUUUGCACUUCCUGAUCAACGACAUUUUCAUGUGCUUCUUCUUUGGCCUGGCCAUCAAAGAAGUGACGGAGGCACUUCUACCGGGCGGCUCCUUGAGCCCGCUUCGGCGGGCGACGAACCCAUUGAUGGCCACCCUCGGUGGCGUCUUGGGCCCGGUAGCCACCUACGUGGUCGCCGUUCUCAUCUUCGAUAGCUUUGGCUCCUUCAACGGCAUGCAGUGCCAGCAUCCUGCCAGUGAGGUUGCAGACGCCUCGCACCGGCUCCUUGCGGGCUCCGGCGAUGCAGAGGUGCCAAUGGUCACCGUAGACUGUACUCUCGCAGACAUCAUCAAUGGCUGGGGAGUUCCCACGGCCACGGAUAUCUCCCUGGCCUGGAUGUUCGCAAUCUUGAUCUUCGGUGCCGGCCACCCUGCAAUUAAUUAUCUCUUGCUCCUCGCGAUCGCGGACGAUGCGCUCGGCAUGGCUAUCAUCGCCAUCGCGUACCCCAACCCAGCACACCCGGUGGAGCCGGUGUGGCUACUGCUGGUGGUGGUCGGGGCAGUUGUCGCAUGCUUUCUGCGAAUGGCAAAGGUGCGCUUCUGGUCCGCCUACGUCUUCAUCGCCGGGCCCAUUGCCUGGUUGGGCUUGAUCCUGGCGCAGGUGCAUCCUGCCCUCGCGCUAGUCUUCAUCGUGCCCUUUAUGCCGGCACACCAUGCCCAUGGCGGAGGGGAUGACCACGUGAGCCACGCAAAGAGCCAGGUGGCCAAGGUGCGCGACCUCAUUCCACACAAUAAGAGCGAAAUGCUGAUACGAGCAGCACAAGAAUUCAUGGCCCGACAGAGUGCUCCACUACACGCUUUCGAGCACCACAUGAAGCUCUUCGUAGAUUUCGGAAUGUUCUUCUUCGGCCUGGCCAAUGCCGGGGUCAAAGUCGGAGGCCUCGGUUCGCUGACCUGGGCCACGGUCAUCGCCCUCAUCGCCGGGAAGACCCUCGGCAUCGUCUUCUUCUCCCUCUCCGCCCAUUGCAUGGGCUUCCUACUCCCCGUAGGCUUGACGGUGGUGGACCUCUUUGCGAUGUCGGCGCUCGGCGGGGUCGGGCUCACCGUCGCACUCUUCGUCUCCAACGAGGCCUUCACCGACAAGGGCCUCCAGAGUCAGGCGAAGAUGGGCGCACUGUUGUCCGUGGCCUCGGCGUUGGUGGCCUUCCUCCUCAAGUUUUUUGGCGACCGGGUCUUCCACCGUCGCAAGCCGUGCGAGGAGGAGCCGACCGAGACCAACGUUGAGGUCGUCUACUCCGACGACGAGGUGGAGGCAGACGAGUGGCUGGACGUGGUCGCCAUGAACGACAUCAUGCAGGUGCUGUGGACCCAGCGCAAGUAUCAGUCUCGUGGCACUGCGCUGCCCAUCCGGAAGCUCGUGCGGACGGUCAGCAAGAACAGCACUGCCUGGAACAGGAUGGAGCUGGAAGGCCAGAGAAACAGCGCAUGGGGUCGGAUGACGACCCCCGGCAGCAAGGAUGGCCGAGAAGAGAUCCUCGCCAGGAGCUCCAAAACCUCCCACGACGAGGCCGGCGCCCCGGAGUUGGGUGCGGCGUCCUCUGCCUCUUUGCUCCAGGGCUUCCUUCAGACAGCGGAUAUCGAAGGCAGCUUCAGCACUGCGAGACUCGCGGUUACAGUGUCACUGCGAAUGGAAUUCGUUAAAGGACGUGGUCGGACUGCCUCGGAUUGCGGGAGCCUCAUUGGGUUUGCUUCUGUGGAGGUAGGCAGUGCAGCCGGGCGAGCUGGUCAGGAUCUGCGAGCGCGGGCUGCUGGGCCAACGGCUCUGGCGCCGACCCCGGGCACGGAGGGCACGGAGGGCGCGGGCCGCGCCGCGCUUUGCUUGAUGGAUGGCCGGGGCUGGGUCUUGGAGAAGUCGGAGAGAAUGGCGAACGCAAAGGGCCCGCCCGUGCAGCAGUUGUCUGAAGUCAGCGACGAGGGCAAGGUGGCCAAGGGCACCAAGAUGAUGCUGGAUCCUCGACUGCAAAAUCCGGUGAAGAUCCUGCCGGCGCCCUUUGCCUUCGGCGCCGUCACCGGGGCUCCCGAGCUGCUGGCGGGCACGGUGGUGGAGGUGAUCCGCAAGGUACAGGUUCUCGUCCCCUCUCCUUUCGGGGAGAACUGGGCGCGCUACUACAAGGUGGAAGAUCAGCGCCGCAUCGAGGGCUGGCUCGGCGAGCUGAGGGUGCAUUGCGGCAUCAAGGAUCCCAGCGCUGGGGAAACGGUGCUCUGCGAUUUUCAGGCCGGUGGCUUUGCGGAGCCUAAGUUCCAUGGCAAGCCCUGUUGGGUGUCCGUGGUCUCCAAGAAUCCGGUGCCCUUGCUCUCAGCUCCUUCGAGGAGGCGGGCGACGAAGAAGACCUUGAGCCCAGGCGACUUCGUCGAGGCGGUGGAGGAGCUUCGUACGGUUGGCUUGGCCUUUUACAGGCUGAUAGACGGCUGCUGGGUCUCGCGAGACGACAGCGCCGGCAAGGUUGCGUGCGACCUCGUCGUGCGCGAGCGACACAAAUGGAUCUACGUCUGCAACGACAAGGACGGCGCCCAAGUGCGCACCACGCCCACGCGCUCCCAAGCCCGGAACGCCAACAAGAAGCUGAAGUACAGGGCACGGGUGAUCGUGUCCGAGAAGGUUACUCUUUCAGACGGCGACGUCUUUUUGAAGCUUGGGGAAGACAAGAAAGGCUGGGUGCCGGCCACGAAGCUGAACUCCAGUGUGGUGAAGAUGGCUCCCUUGCAAGCGCUGGAGGAAGGAGCGCCGCAGCCUGAGCCUGGGGAGAGCCGCGUAGCAGCGCAGCGGCUUGCAAUGGCUAUGGAGCCGCACCCCCCAUGCCACAGUCAGAUGCUCAGAGCAGAGCACGGCUGGCAACAUCUCACAACCCUUUUGCUGGGCCCAGGCUACAGCCCGUGCCCGGGACCGCCGGGACCCGGUGCCUACACCCAAACCUACGUGGGCUACAGCUACGGCGGCCAGAUGAACCCAGCCGACUUUGGGAUGGGGGCUUUCGGUCACACCGCUGGGGACUUCGGCCUUGGAGGGAUGCCUCCGCCGAUGGCUGGUCCCGGGCCGAUGCCGGGGCCCGCGCCGGCGCCCUCCGGGAGCGACUUCGGCCUCGCUGCGGCCGCGGACUCAUCGAAUAUCGCCUUUUGCAGGAACCGCCCUGUUGAUCACCUGUCGGCGAAUCACCGACUCUUCGUCGUAGUGACUUAG